CUCCUCUCCAUCCACACAUCCUUCACAAUGUCUUUCGGAAAGGUCUACGGUCUUGCUGAGAACGGUCGCACCAUCGCCGCCCUCGUCGCGGCUAAGGCCAACGACGUUGACGUUGAGCUGGUCAAGACUGAGCCCAACUCGGCUGCUGCCUUCAACCAGUCUGCUGAGUACACCAAGCUCCAGCCCCUCGGCAAGGUCCCCGCUUUCGAGGGUGCCAAUGGCUACACUCUCUCCGAGGCCAUUGCCGUCUCCGUCUACCUGACCUCCCAGAACGAGAAGACCACCCUCCUUGGUAAGACCAAGCAGGACUACGCUUCCAUCCUCCGUUGGUUGUCCUUCGCCAACUCGGAGCUCCUCCCCCGCUUCGGUGCCUGGUACCGCCCUCUCCUGGGUCUGGACGGCUACAACAAGAAGAACGUUGAGGAUGCUGCCAAGGCUGCCACCAAGAACGCUGGCGUUCUGAACACCCACCUCAUUGCCAACACCUACCUUGUUGGCGAGCGCAUCACCCUGGCUGAUUUCUUCACCGCCGCCCUUCUCACCCGUGCCUUCGCUACCGUUCUGGACAAGAAGUUCCGUGAGGAGCACGUUGGCCUGACCCGUUGGUACAACACCAUCGUCAACCAGCCCGCCUUCAAGGCUGUUGUUGAGAACCCCGUCUUCGUUGAGGAGACCAUCAAGUACACUCCCCCCAAGAAGGAGGAGAAGCCCAAGAAGGAGGCUGCCCCCGCUGCUGCCGCCGCCGCCCCCGCUGAGGCUGCUCCCGCUGAGGAGAAGAAGCCCAAGCACCCUCUUGAGGCUCUCGGUCGCCCCACCCUCGUCCUUGACGAGUGGAAGCGCCAGUACUCCAACGAGGACACCCGCUCCGUGGCCAUGCCCUGGUUCUGGCAGAACUACAACCCCGAGGAGUACUCCCUCUGGGCCGUCGACUACAAGUACGACAACGAGCUGAAGCUCACCUUCAUGGCCAACAACCUGAUCGGUGGCUUCCACGCCCGUCUUGAGGGUUCCCGCAAGUACAUCUUCGGUUGCCAGGCCGUUUUCGGUACCAACAACGACUGCAUCAUCCGCGGUGUCUUCCUCAUCCGUGGCCAGGAGGCUGGUCCCGCUUUCGAUGUCGCCCCCGACAUGGAGAGCUACACCUUCCGCAAGCUCGACCACACCAACGCUGAGGACCGCAAGCUCAUCGAGGACAUCUGGGCCUGGGAUGCUCCCUUCGUCGUUGACGGCAAGGAGCUCCCCAACGUUGACGGCCACGUCUUCAAAUAAGCGUGUGCGCUAAUAGCCAACUCAUGAUCAUGAUAUCCCAUUCUUCUUUUCUCGUCGUCGGGUGGUCUCUCAGAUGAACCUGGCCUCCAAAUAACCACCCUACAUCCCCUCCUCCCCCUUCCCCUCGGGUGAGGGGCACUGGUCGGAUCCCCCUCAAGGCAUGAUGUUCGCCUGUGGCGCUAUUUCCCGUCCAGUCUAUAUCAUCUUCCUUCCGUCUGGUUGUCCUUCCCCCACUCACCUUCCCGCACUCAUGUUGCCUUGCCCUUGAUGGACUGGUUUACGUGUUUUCAUUCUUUGGAGACUCCCUUCUUCAAAUGAACCCACCCAUCACGCCCACCUUUGUUUUACGCGUAAUGUCACGCUUACGAUCGAGAUGGACCAUACUAGUAUCUAGUUAAAACAAUUCCCAACUAGUGCUUCGAGCUUUCC